GGAGCCGCACCCCAAAAGGUGCCAUGGGGUAAAUCUCAUCUCGCCGCUCCAGCUUUCGCUCGUCUCUCACUUGGACGGGGGAGGAGGUUUCACCGUCUCGCUCUUCACUUUUCGACCUCUCAACAAGAAGAUCGAGAGCGAGGGAGGAAAAAAGAGUAAGGAUAAAAGUUCUACUUGGUCGGGUUUCUCCUCUUCCUUUUGAGGCUUCCCCUUUUGACCGCAAAAAGGUAGGGAGGACGAUGUUCUCCGGUCUGAUCCAUCGACCGGAAGCUUCGGUUCCGCCACCCGAGGAGGGCCACCACAGCCCUAACCUGGUCCUCACGGCGGACCCCAAGCCUCGUCUCCGAUGGACGGCCGACCUCCAUGAGCGCUUCGUCGAUGCCGUCACCCAGCUCGGCGGACCCGCGAAGGCAACACCAAAGACUAUCAUGAGAACAAUGGGAGUAAAGGGGCUUACACUUUUUCACUUGAAGAGUCAUCUUCAGAAGUACAGAUUAGGGAAGCAAUCAGGCAAAGAAAUAGCAGAGCAAUCUAAAGAUGCUUCUUACAUUACAGAAAAACCUAACAGCAGUGUUUCAUCUCCAAGAAUGCCUACAUCUGAUGUGAAUGAGGGUCAGGAAGUAAAAGAGGCCCUAAGAGCACAAAUGGAAGUGGAAAGAAGGCUUCAUGAACAAGUGGAGGUUCAGAAACACGUGCAGAUUCGAAUGGAGGCAUACCAUAAUUAUAUUGAUUCCUUAUUAGCAAUGGCAUACAAGAUAGUGUCAGAGCAAAUUGCAUUGAGUGGCCUUGGAUCAGUGGGUGAUCUUCCAAACCUGGCAAAUGCAUUCAUAUGCUCCUUGUCUGAUCCCUCGAGUCAAUCUACGUUCCAUGAGUCAUCUGUGGGUUCAAUCAAGUUGCACAGUGCUGGAGGCAAGCAUUCUCCUCCAUCAGCGAUUGAGUGUCAGUUCAACCAACAGGAGCCACUGAAACACGAACCAUGCUGAAGAAAGUUGGAGGUCCACCAGAAUCAGUUGAUACUCUGUAUCUUGUUAGUGGUUGUUUUCUACUACAUUUUGAAGGAAAAGCUAUCAAGACGAUUUGGAAGUAACUUGUGACUCCUUGAAUAUUGUGUUAAGAAAUCUCACCUGCAUACUUCUGUAUUGGAUUGACUUUGCUGUUGCUAAGACACUUUGGUACAUGCUAUAUUCAAUGUAUUCCUGUGA